CAGGAAAGCGUUACUCGCGUGUUGACAGCCUAUAACCCUAACUGUAAAAUUUCUGUAAUACUGACGAAUAUUUCAUUACUAAAGGAUUCACGUAAUAUAGUUUACAAUAUUUGGAAAUAACUUCGUUUACACUUAGAAAAACAUGAAUGUAAAAAGGAUGUUUUAGUGCUAAAGAAAUAUGUCGCAACAUCUGUUGUGAACCAGGAGGAGGGUAGCGACCAACGUGCACGUGCUCCUUCUUUCACCAGAGACAGUUUUGUAAUUUUAGAACACUAUGACAUCAGUCAUCUUCAGCCGGCUUCUCUUCUUACUAAGCAUAUGUGUUUUGCCAUCUUUUGAGUAUACGUGUACUUUAAACUCCUGUAAAAAUGGUGGUUCCUGCUUGGAGGGAAAAUGUGUAUGUCCUGAGGGGUAUUUCGGUGAAAAUUGUGAAGACGAAUGUGAUGGACCGGAUACUUGUUACAAUCACGGCGCAUGCCUAGGUACUCCCCGGAAGUGUAUUUGUGAUGUAGGAUACCAACUUACUGGUUACUACGGUAACCAUUGCGAAGAUUCCUGUGAUCCCAAUCUGAAUGGAACAUGUGGAUUUGCGGGCACUUGUUCGGGAAUUCCAAAAAGGUGUAUCUGUAAGCCAGGUUUUUAUGGCACCUGGUGCUCAGCAUGCAUGGAUAACAGUCAUUGCAAAAAUGGCGGUUUGUGUGAGAUUGAUGGAAACUGCAAAUGUAGAAAGUUUGAUCCCGAAAUAACAGGUGUCCAUUGCGAAGAGGUAUGUAAUAAAGACUCAGACUGUAUGAAUUUAGGGAUGUGUUUGCCAAACAAAACUUGUAAAUGCAAGGCGAAUUUUGAUGACGGAUUUCGAUGCAUUUCAUCAGAUGCAGUUAUUCUUAAAAUGGGAUGGAGGGUACUCUUUUGUAUAAUGUUUGCAAUAAAAACAUUUAAAUACUUGUUGUGUUUAGUUCUAAAUUUCUAA